AAGAUGUUCUACAUGCCGCUGCGUGGUAAAGAUUGAAUUAUUAUCAAAUGUUCAGACGUUAGUAUAUGACUUGUAAGUUACAUGAGCCUAUAGUGGGGUGACAAGAGUACCGAGAUAGAGCCUGGAAAAGUGAGUGGCAGAGAUGAGAUCGGCUGAUAAGAGUAUCGCCUGGCAAGUGUCAUCCGACACUACUACUUGAAAGAAGAGUAUAUGAGUAUAUGCGCUACGAAGGAUAUUAAAGUUGAAUACUCGAGAAACAAUAUGGCGGAAUAUGAAAAUCCAUGAGAAACGAUUUUAUUUUUUAUACUCUUCUUGGCAAAUAAAAUUGCUAUAGAAUAAACUAAUUCCUAAACUAAUUAAUUUCUUCGACUAUUUAUCGAUUCUAGAAACGAAGAGAUUUCCUUGGUUCGUGCGAUUUGAGAGAACGAGAAGCUUGACAGAGAUAUCGGUACUUAAGAAGAACAUAAAAAAGAACAAGACACGUAGUAAAGAAUUCCUACGACGCAUAAUCCUUAUGCGAGGCGCAUAUACGGUUUCCUUCUUCGAUUACUAUAAUACGUCUAAUCUGGCCCCGUUUCCUCCCCUCGUCUUUCAAUUUUUAAACAGUCGCUCGUGGAAUAAUACUCGUCAUAAUGGAAAGUGGCUUAACGUUUUAAUUGACUUGCUCGUAAACGAAUUUAACAUGCUCGCUUCGUUACUUUCAGACAACAGUUUCAUUAAUGCUCGCAAUAACAAUAAUAAUAACAAUAGUACGUCUUUACCGUAUUAAAAUUCUGAAAAGAAAAUAUUAAUCUUGAAGCAAAAAACAACCUGGAGGAGAAAACGAAGUAAACGAAUUUAAUACAUUGCCGCCCAUAAUGUACGAGAACAUGACAAGUUCUCGUUUUAUUGAAUAAUAUAAUCGUGCCCAUGUAUGUACACGCGUGAGUGUAUGUAUGCAUGUACAUACAUGUACUUAUAAAUAUUCUAUAAAUUUGUCUUUUCUCUUGAUGGUUACGAGUUACGUAAUGUUGGAAACGCAUAGAGUAAACAUGAAAUCGUACAAAGAAAAAGGAAUGCGUGCAUCAAGGGUAAGCAUAUCGUUGAACACCGGUGUAGUACUAGUCCUAGAAGGAACAAGGGGAAGGAUACGCGAGAGCUGCAAGACAAGAGCCACCGCGAGCUGAAUUCAGUGGCGAUAUCGUAUGCGGUGCGACUCGGUCUCGGUUCUAUCGGUUCGGUCGCUCGGUCGCUGUGCUGGUCGUAAUCGCUAACAAACUUUCCUAGACGUACGAUGUCCCCUCAGAGGGGACAUCCGAGCGCGAAAGGAUAGAUUAAUUCUUUGCAGAUUUUCCGACUUUGGUAGAGUUCUGUCGGGUCUCUCUCGACGUAGAACAGCAGGGGAUUAAUGGUGAAAUUUCAAACUCGAGAAGCAAUCGAAACAGACGAAUAGAACUCGGUCUCGCGAUGAACAUUUUCGAGGAAACGCGUUGGUCGCGGAACAAUUACGAGAACCCGAGGGAAACGGAUGCAACCAGGUCGGGAGGCGUGACGCUUUCCUGGUGUGAUCUCUCGGUAUACGCGAUGGAUCCUGGAAGGAGAAACGUGUGCAAACAAUUGGUCGACAACGUGCGGGGUGCAGCAAGACCUGGCGACCUAACGGCGAUCAUCGGUGCGAGCGGAGCUGGUAAAAGUUCGCUGAUGACGGCGCUAGCUUUUCGUACUGGACCCGAACUUUUGGUUCACGGCGAGAUACGAGCAAACGGUGUUCCAGUGGAUUCGUCGUACAUGAUGGUAAACAGUGGCUACAUGCACCAAGACGAUCUAUUCGUCGAGACAAUGACAGUGAUCGAACACCUUUGGUUCAUGGUACGUAAUCCGUUAAAAAGACAAACGCAAAUGAUAGAAAUAGAUGCAGUUUCUUCUCGUUUUGCUGGAACGUUGUUGCAGGCACGAAUGAAGCUCGACAAGAGGACACGAAUAGCGGAUAUCCGUGAGAAAAUCGAUGGGUUGUUGCGAAACGUUGGCUUGGCGAGCAGACGCGACGUGCGAAUCGGCAACGGCUUCGACGACAAAGUGUUAUCUGGAGGUGAAAAGAAGAGAUUGGCCUUUGCUACAGAAUUGCUGAUCGAUCCGAAAAUAUUGUUCUUGGACGAACCAACGACUGGCCAAGACUCUCAUUCGGCGAAUUCCUUGGUUUCGCAGUUGAAAACAUUCGCUGGUCAAGGACGAACAGUGUUGUGUACUAUACAUCAACCGAGCUCCGCUAUAUUCGACUCGUUCGAUCGAAUAAUCUUAAUCGCGGAUGGUCGAGUAGCGUUCGCGGGUCGUACCGAAUGGGCGGUCCAAUUUUUUGCAAGUCAGGGAUACGAGUGUCCGCGGAAUUACAAUCCAGCCGAUUACCUGAUAGCGAUCGUGGCCACUGGAUCGAGGGAUGAAAAUGGCGGGGAGGAAGUGACGCGCAAAGUCUGCGACGUAUUUUUGACUAGCGAGGCUUCCAAUGAAAUCGAUUAUAUUUUGAUGAAGGAACUUGAGUUGGGCCACUCUUCCAACUCGCCUGCGAUGUUGCUUCUCGACUCUGAAUCAAUCGCGCAGAAAGGAUCGCGAUACUUUUCGCGACUUUACUGGCUGGUUUACCGAGACUUUCUGCAAGUUCUGAGGGAUCCAUCGGUGCAGAUCGUUAGAAUACUUCAAAAAGUAAGCGUGGCUCUAAUCGCUGGCCUGUGCUUCGUGGGUUCCGUCAACAUGGAUCAACUCGGAAUUCAAGCUACGCAAGGCGUAAUUUUCAUUUUGGUAUCCGAGAAUGCAUUCUUCCCGAUGUACGCUACGCUAGCCUUGAUACCGCAGGAGCUGCCACUUCUUCGAAGAGAGUAUCGAGCUGGAAUGUAUCCGAUUCAUGUCUACUACGUCGCACGAAUGCUUUCUUUGGUACCAGGAUUGAUAGUGGAGCCACUAUUGUUCGCGACGAUAAUAUACUGGUUGGCUGGAUUAAGGAAUAGCGCAGAGGCAUUUGGGUUGACGUUACUCGUCCUUCUGCUUACGAUUAACGUGUCUACUGCCUGCGGAUGUUUUUUCUCAACGGCGUUCGAAAGCGUACCAUUGGCGAUGGCGUACUUGGUACCCUUCGAUUACGUUCUCAUGAUCACUAUGGGGCCCUUUCUCAAACUUGGAUCGUUACCAGUGUACAUUCGAUGGGUGAAAUAUCUUUCUUGGCUACUACACUCGAGCGAAGCACUUAGCAUUCUUCAAUGGAACGGAAUACGCAAUAUAUCUUGCGAAGGGAUCGAUCCUCAAUUGCCCUGCAUCACAGAUGGAUCGGGAGUGUUGCAACGUUACGACUUCGACCAAGUUAACUUUUGGAUGGAUAUGGUGCUCAUGGUCGUCAUAUAUCUCGUAUUUCAUAUCUUUGGAUACGCUUGUCUCUGGAACCGUUGCAGAUUGAAAUGAACAUUUAUUUUAUCGCCUGGCUUUUCUAUCGUAUUGUACAAAUUAAAUUACUUCCUUUGUAAUUUAUCAAUGAAACAAGAGA